ACCAACGUGGCUUUUGCUUUUGGCAAGAUUUUUUAAACAGCUAUUGAAUAUAUUUCCAUGUUUAUUCCAGAAAACCUUUUUAUACAAACACCGCCAUCAACGGAACAAGCCGUUUGAAGUAAAGUAGCUUCUGCCUCGAGACAGACUGUCCUCCGGGAAACAUGUUUAAUGAGGAUGAAGACUGGAGUGACGAACAAGACGCUCAGGUCCUGAGCAAAACGGUCCCCAGAAACACCCAGAAGGCGAGCAGCAGCACGGAUGUCAAGUCCAAGCUGGUUGGAAAGAAGAGCCUGCUACGGACCCUGCAGACACUCGGGUCAGUACCAGAGUGGAAGAACGACGACCAUCAGCAGAACAGCGACAGUGAGUCAGACGUGGUCCCAUCACCUGGCAAGAAGAAGAGGAAGAAGAAGAGGAGGAAGCGAAAGCAAGCGGAGACAACAGGAGAGCAGCAAGACAAUGGAGACUUGGAUCAGACGGUUAAUGAGGAGACACUUGCAACAAAAAAGAGGAAGAAAGACAACAAAUUUGUUAAGGCCCUGAAGUUAAAAAUCACAGCAAUGGGCGGCACAACGGAUGAACAGAUGAUCAAAUCCAAAGCAGAGGACGCGGAGAGAGUGAGCCGACAACAGUGGAAAACCAAAAUGAAGAACAAGAGGAAAUGUAAAAAUAAAUUCAGUCAGAAUAAGCCAGAGAAGGAAACCAAAAAAGCAGUAUCUGCAGAGCAGAACAAGCCAACGGAAGAAGUCAAAAUAGAUUCAUAUAGCAGCAGAAAAAACAAGAACGGUCAGACACCAGCCAAGAAAAGGAAAAAGCAAAGUAAACCACAGAAAAUGAAAAGGCCUGAAGAGGACACAGAUGUAUCCGCUACAACAGACACACAGACGCUCGGAGAGGAAAAGCAGCGAGUUGGUGGCAAAGUUGUAAAAAACGCAACUGAAUCUUCUGCUGAUGGAUCGAAACAGAAAGCAGAUGUACCUGAAGUGGAGAUCGCAGGUGAGCCGCCCAUCAAAAGACUGAAACUUGAGCUCAGCAAAGAACAGAUUCUGAAAAGAGAGAAGCUCCGGAAGUUGCUCCACAGACAGGAACCGGUCCAGCAGGAGAGUCCCGCGGAGACGAAAGACGAGCCCGCGGCCCCAGAAGAAGAGGCGAAAGAGGACCGCUCUGCCUCCCUGAGGUCCCGCAUGGAGCAGCGGCUGGAGUCGGCCCGUUUCCGAUACAUUAAUGAGGUUUUGUACAGCACGUCCAGCGGCGAGGCGAAGCGCAUGUUCAAGCAGGACCCACAGGCCUUCGGCAUCUACCACAGAGGAUACACGGCGCAGGUUCAGAGAUGGCCCGCCAAUCCACUGGACGCCAUCAUCUCUUACAUCCGACAAAAGCCUCCCUCUCUGGUGGUUGCAGACUUCGGUUGUGGCGACUGUAAAAUCGCGCGCAGCGUGAAGAACAAAGUGCACAGCUUCGACUUGGCAGCCGCCUGCAAUCUCGUCACAGUCUGUGACAUGGCCGACGUCCCACUUCAUGACGGCUCUGUGGACAUCGCCGUGUUCUGCCUCUCUCUCAUGGGAACCAACCUGGCAGACUUCCUAGCAGAGGCCAACCGUGUGUUAAAGAAGGGGGGAGUCCUGAAAAUAGCAGAAGUGGCGAGCAGGUUCGAGAACGUGCGGAACUUCGUCGCUGCGCUGGCAAGUCUGGGAUUCAAGAUGGUGACCAAGGACACAGAGAGCACUCAUUUCUACUCCUUUGAAUUAUUGAAGACGGGAGAGGCUCCAGAAAAUAUAAAGAAAUUUGGGCUGCAGUUGAGGCCCUGUCUCUACAAGAAAAGAUGAAUGUAUGUGAGGACUUUAUGCAAACAAUGUAUGUGUUAUACAGUGAUACUUUUGCUUUUGAAGCAUUGUGUUUGUGAAUGUGCAGCUUGGAUCUACUGUUUUCCAAAGCAGCAGUUGUACAUUUGUAUCUAAAUGUAUCGUUCUUUAAUUGCUACAUUUUGAAGCCUCUGUAGUUCACAGAUUUGAUGGGAGCUGAGUUAUCUGCAUUAAUCGUACAUGGUUUUUCAUGUAAUACAUCAAUGUAGAUAUGUGCUGAUCAGUAAAAA